CGACCGCGCUUCGAUGCAGAUCUUGUUGAGUAGCCAACCAGUCGCAAUUUCAAUGGUGAACCUUCCAGUAACUAUUGUUGAUAGUGCCCUCACAUGAGCAGCAGUGUUAGUGGUUUUCUUAUUUUGAUAAUUAUUGUGUGCACCAGCAAUGUCAACUGGUGAAGUGCUUCUGAGGCUGUGGAAUACUGAUAGUGAACCGAUGGUACAAAGUGCACUGCGAUAGUGCGAACAAAAUUUGUCUCCAAUGGUCUGACUAGACUGAGUGGGUGAUAGGAAGAACGUAACUUUUUGUAAGAUCAGCUUGAACUCGCAAAUCCUCUCCAGCGACUCCGACUGAUACAAAUAAGGCGCCUUUCGGUUGCUGUUUCAUGCUUAUCAGUGACCUCCUGAUACGGUGUUUAAGAGUAUGUAUUUGUUUUGGCGCCAGCAGGGCGAUUCUGUGAGGAUAGCCUCAGGCUGUUGAAUUUUUAGGGCACUGACGCAACGGGCUAGGGGUACUCCCCUUCCCAACUCAAUGACCAAUUCCACCACCGAAGAUCCCAAACGAAGUCAAAAAUAUAACAAGUGAAAAAAAAAACGAACAUUAGUUAAAAGGAAAAUCCUCAAAGUGAAUCAACUUUAAAAGAACAGAAAUAAACGGGGAAGCUUAUCAAGGAGUUCAUUCAAGAAGUGUGAGUGAAUUUCUCCUAUAAGUGAUAGAAGAAGUGAUCCAUUGGUCAACAGAAUAGAAAUGGCAACGCUACUGUAUACGAUCAUUGGCAUGACGGCCAGUGCCUCGCUGAACUGUGCCGUCCGACGGGAAAUCUCUCCCUGUACAUGUUCCCCACAUGGUUUCUUCGCCAACACGAUCGAGGUCAAGUGCGAACAAAUGGAGUCCUUCCAUCAGGUGGUGGACGCCUUGCAGGAUCGGUUUACUCCCGAUUACAACAUUUGGCUUACGAUAUCCCAUUCGCAGCUGUUGGACCUGGCAACGCAAACGUUCUACGAAAUGAACAUGAACAUCAAGACGCUAAGGAUGAACCAUGAUAACUUAAGUCACUUACCGGCAUCGACGUUUCAGAAUCUGCCAAGGUUAGAGUUCUUUAGCGCAGCAGAAAACCGUCUGGAAGAGAUUCCGGCAGAUAUGUUUCAACAUUUGCCUAAUGUUGGAACGUUGGAUUUUGCCAAAGGGACUCUUCGGUUCAUCAACGGGAACACGUUCAAACAGUUACAGAACCUAAGGCACUUGGUAUUGGCCACUAAUCUGCUGCAUAGAAUCGAUACCGAUGCGAUGCCGCGAACACUUCUUUCGCUGCACUACGGUAAUAAUAAUCUUACCACGCUGAACGGAACUUUGCGGCAUUUAGAUGAGCUCAAACUACUGUUCUUCAAUGAUAACCAAUUAGUUUCACUGGACGACGAGCUUCCACUAGCUUCUCCACAUCUAAUGACGAUAUUCGCUCAGAACAACAAAAUCGAACAUUUACCUGUUGAAAUAAAAUAUUUGAAGAACUUGGACUCGUUGUUCAUCAAUGGUAAUCAGUUAAGGUCAUUCGACGGACUUCUAUCGCGUUCUGGACAUUUGACCAAGCUAAUUGCGUUUAAUAACAAAAUUAACCAUUUGAGAAAGGACGAAUUCCUGGAAGCUGAACGGUUGGAAGAAUUACAAUUAGCUGAGAACAAAUUGACUAAUCUUAACGGAUCGCUACUCAACAUGAAAGGAUUAAUCAUGGCCAAUUUCAGCUUCAAUCAGUUGAAUGAAUUCUCCCUACAGGAAGUGGCUGGACUACGAAAGUUGAGGAUUCUGGAUUUAUCUUACAAUAGGAUAGAAAAACUCACCGGCCGAAUGGAGAACCUCGUCGAUUCCGGUUCAAUUAUUUACGAAUUAAGAUUACAGCAUAACCUGAUCAAAACUCUCGACGGAACACUCAUGGGGUUGAACAAUUUAAAGAUUUUGAAUGUGGGGCACAACAAAUUGGAGGUUAUCACACCAGAUGACCUUAUAGGAAUGGAGAACUUAGAACAUUUGGAUUUGUCAUUCAAUAAAUUGAAAACAUUGGAAGAGUUAUCUAAGACAUUCCUUCCAUCGCUGCAAUCAAUGAAUGCAUCGUAUAAUUUGCUCACUACGAUGGAUAAAGACUUCCACGGGCUUCCGGUGUUGUGUACUGCUGACUUGUCUAACAACAUGAUACGUGUGCUAUCUGUCGACUUGGUAUCACAAACACGUUGUAGUAAUCAUGGAGUUCCAAACAAACUAGAGAUAUUCCUUCAAGAAAAUCCCGUACUCUGUGACGAAACACUUCCGGAUCUCGUCUCGCAGAUGGAAUCCUACCAUGCCCGACUGAUCGGCAUAGCGCACUGUAUUGUUCCUCAACAGAUUCCGAUUGAUUCGCCAAUAUUCAUGCAGCCUCCAAUUCCGUUACUCAAGCCGCUGCUUAAACCACAACUCUCAAUGGUGCCGUCGCCGGUCAUGAUUCAGCAGCCAUCAAUCGUUCAAAUUCUCGUCCCCGCUCCACUGGUCGUUCAAGCACCAUCAUUUGCAGAUGCCGCAGCUGGUGUGAUUCAGUCUGUUCCGUCUGUCCAAGGCAUCCAGGACAUUCAGCAACCUCCUGUAGCGUUACCGCCGCAGAUUACCCACAUCCCCCAACAGCAACCGUACGAGGAGCUCAAAUAUGAUGCACAGCCUGAAACGGUUGCAGAAUCCGAGACUCUGGCGCCUCCACCAGAGGAUAACGACAUUGCGAAAAUUCAUUCGCCGACGAGUACGACAAUGAAAACAAUCCUAGAAUUCAAAAAUAUUAUUCAUAAUACAUAUGCGGUGAUACCGCCGGAGGUUAUGCCACUUCCUCUGGAUAAGGCACAAGGACUUGCAACAGAGCCAGAAGAACCACCGGAAACACAGCAAGAUCAAAGCGUAGAUGUAGAUGAACACUGAGCAUUAGCAUCGUAAUUGUUCCCUUCCUUCACUAGGUGAUAGAACAUAGACACUGUAGAUUCUUUCGAUUUGGGUUGCAGACUUUAAAUUAGAAGAGAAAUCAAUGCAUUUGGUUAUUCUGUGUGUAACACAAUCAGCAUGUUUUCCAGAGCGGUUGUUGAACAAAACCUGACUCACAUUUAAAUCAUGAUUUUGAAUCAAACACAAGACGAUUCGAUUGAUCAACUAACAACACAUACAAAUGCUUUUGGAAAGUUGAAAAUUUGCUAGUUAAUGUUAUAUCGGACAAGAUGUCCAAAACAGCUGGAUCAGUGAUAUAUCCUUUGUGGACAAAUUCCAGAAAAAAAGCUGUUUUUUAUGUGGCAAACCAGUAAAUCUUAAACUAUCGUAACAUGAACUAUAUGUUAUUCAGCCAAUCAGUUUGUUUUCAUUUGUUAUUUCUAAACUUUGAAAUCAUCGAGUAUAUCUGUCAUAAUAUAAAUUUUCACGAAGAACAUAGUCAAAAAUCGUGAUUACUGUUGAAAAGCCAUGCACACGGAAGAUAUUUUAUAAAAGCAAACAUUAGAGAAAAAUUGGUUAACUGAAAAAUCUAGUAUAGUAUACCGUCAUCAUAUAAAUGUGCCAUUUUAUCUGUAAAAUUCGCCUGUUUCUGUGUUUCCCUAUUUUCUGUCGAGUUUCAUCCUAGCUCCUUUUCGUUUUCAUACUAUAUGUUUUGAUAUUGUAUUUAUUCAGAAUUAUCACGAGUUAAAUCUGUAUUGUCUUAGCAAAAUACUGACAAGAGCUCUCUUUAUUAUUGUUUAGUGUAUGAGAACAAAAGAAUCCCAUGAUAAUAAAUACAUAUAGAUAUCUAAGGUACUUUAAAAGUUUAAUAGAAAGUGAAAACAGACCGUGUUUUUUUUGUUGUUGCAUAUUCUCGGAGUGAGAUCUUCAGACACAGUAGUGUCACCUAUUUUGCAGCGAAACGAUGUAAAAAUAAUUCAUGCUGUUUGACUAUUAGAUACAAAAUACAAUAUGUAAUAGUUUACAUGAUUUAAAAUAAUAAAAUUAUGUACGAUGUAAUGGAUAUACUAUUCACAAAUAAACAGAUGCCAAAAUACA